UGUUCAAGAUUUUGACAUUCAACGUUUUGACGUAAAACAAUUUUUAUGUUCAAUAUUUUGACGUUCAAGGUUUUGACGGAAAUAAUUUUUGUGUUCAAGAUUUUGAAAUUCAAGGUUUUAACGGAAUUAAUUUUUGUGUUCAAGAUUUUGAAAUUCAAGGUUUUAACGUUCAAAGUUUUGAAUGUUCAAGAUAUUGACAUAAAUUUAUGUUCAAGAUUUUAUCGUUCAAUAUAUUGACGUUCAAGAUUUUGACGUUCAAUUAUUUGACAUUCAACCGUACGAAUGGCGUCCAAAUAUACAACUGUAUCUAUAGGUACGGGGUGUUCGAUUUGAAAAUAUGACGGAACAACAAUGAUAUUUUAUAAAAUAUAUAUGCGUACACGUACGUACGUAGCUUACGAUCGGAAUAAUAACAAAAAUUGACGUCCGAAGUGAAGAUGCCAGACGAGUCUGUAGUUUUCGGACGCAUUUUGUACGUACACUUAAUAGUUUAAACGCUACAGUGUAUAUAAUAUAUAUACGUCUCGGUGGCCAUUAUAGUACAAUGAAACAUCCAUAUUACCAAGUCUAUCGGGCAAAAAAAAAAUAUUCGUAUUCUGUAGAGGAAUUUGGUAAAUAGAAUUAAAUACAUUUGGUUCUAAUUUGUUUGGUUAUCGAAAAUUCGUUUAACAGAAUAUUUCGUUAAACGGAAGUUCGUUACAUGUAGGUUUCUCUGUAUAUAUUUCGAGAGAGUGAUAUAGAUAUAUAUAUAUAGUGGCAUAGUGAUCUCAUAUACGCGAAUUAUAUAUAUAUAUGUGUGUACGUUCGAGACGAAGGGGAAAGAAACGAAUUUCGUUCAAUGUCAAGGACGCGGCCAUAUUGUGUACUGCGUACCUCCGUGUGGAUGGACGCGCAUCGAUCGGGCGGCGGCGUUUGAGCGCGCGACGGGCCGAGCGGGGUUUUUGCGUAGUAGUCCGAACUCAGCGGCGGCGAUGUGCCCGCAGCCGCAAACCACGGGUCGUCGUGCGCGGUAUGUUAUGCGUAUAAUGUAUUUAUUUAAUAAAUUAUAAUUUAUAAUUUAGAGAUACGGUACGAUAGACACGGAAAAGUGUGUACGAUAAACGAGUAUAAUAUUCAUAGCUCUGCAGCUUCCACGCGGCUUGCGUUAUAAUAAAUAUAAUAAUAUAAUAUUGUACUACAGUGCAAUAUUUAGAUAGUAAUAUAUAAUAUGUAAAGCCACAGCAAUUUACAUAUAUUAUAGCUUCACGUGAUCGUUUAGCGCGCGACGUGUAUGCGUCCCACGUUCUUAAGGUUAUUUUCCUGUUCGCACGGGGUUAAUAUGAUAUAUAAUAUAUAAAUCGUUGUGAGGCGUAGAAUGCAAAGGGCAAAAAAAAACGUUAUAUUAUGCAGCGCGAUUUAUAAAAAAACUGCGUCCACCGUUGCAGUAUAAUGUAUAGGGUUCUGGGUAAUUUGAUACAUAAAUAAAAAAUUGGUUGCUCUCAAAAUUGCACGUGUAACGCACCCGAGACGAUUACGCGUAAUUUCUACUCCGAUGUACGUUUUGUGCGUACCUAUCGAAUUAGAAGUAUAGGUUUUCAGUUUAUUAAGUUUUCGGCGUUUUGCGUGCCCAGCGAUCUUCUUUUGUUACUAUACGAGUAUUAGUUAUAUACAUUUAAGUUGAUUCAUUCACGUUUUUUUUUAAGAAAUUUUCUGUUAUUUGUGUUUACUAUACUUGCGUGGGCUGUGAGGUAUACAUUAUUGUUUUUAAUAUUGAAAGAAAAUACACCUAUACACCAAAUAUUUUGGGUUUUUCGUAUUUUUAGUUAUAUUUUGCGAGUACAGGAAUGAAUAUGUUUAAUGUAUAAUAGUACUAAACAGUACACAUAUGAAUAUGGUCAUCUUAACUAAUUAGUAUAGUUAGGUAAGGUAUUCUUAGUCCUGUAUCCCACUUAAGGAAACAAUAUUAUGAAAUAUGAAGGUUGAUUUGAAUUCUCGUAACAAGUUUAUUUGUCGAUUCACAGUCCACUUAUCUUUAACUCAUAAAGUUAUGCCAAAGCCCAUACUAGAUUACUGGCUAGUGGUGGUUGUUCAGGUCUAUCGGCUUUGUUAGUUGUUACUAUUAAAGCAUUUUCGAAACUCAAACCAUCAAGUAUCAUAAAUCAUGUAAACUAUUCUAUUUAUGAGUCAGUUUGAGUAUCGUUAUGCAGUAUAUUAUAUCAGUCGCCCGAAGUGUAUAAUAUCGUAUAUUCGGUCACGGUAUUAAUACAAUCCAAUAUCAAUGUUUAAAUGAAAAUCAAUAGUGGUAAAUAGUGUGACGUGAAAAAUGUACUAGCCGAUUUUUUUGUUAAAUAAUUUUUAUAAUGUAUCGAAACGCCGACGGCUGCAAUUUUCUCUCGGUACACCAAAAGUCACGGUUUCAGGUGCCUCCGUCGAGGUGAUAUCGCUGCACAAUAACAUUGAGCGCGUCAAAGUGGUCGUCAAACGUUACGAAUCUGGCCUGGUGUGGACAGACGCACACAGCGGCGGCGUCAAUUGGAUGACACUGCACCCGGACGUCGUGGUCAAUCGGUUCCCGAGGGACUGGAAUGCCGCAAUGAAGUUGUGUGGUCACGCUCUGGCUGGACAAUCCGAGUUCGACAACCACUACCCGAGGGCGUACCCCGCGUGCACUGAAGGGAUUCAUGCAGAGAGCUUCGUCGCGGACUACUCGCUAACCGCUUGCGUGUCGUUACUGCGGGCAUUCGUGGACGGUGGUCAUCAAACCAUGUGCGCCAAAAACGGUCAGGUUCCUCUUUCGGCACUUAACUUCGCCGCGAUUAAAUGUCACCAAUACCUAACAGACGGCAGAACGCUAAGUUCGGCUUCGUUUCCGGGGAAGGGUGAUGUUUGGGAAAAGUUUUUCGAACAUUACUACAAGAUCGUACAUGAUCGGCGAAAGUUCACAGUGCCGGUAGCGGUCGACGAUGAGGAAGCGGCGCUGCGCUAUCUGACGACGUUUAGUGGCCAGUUGGUUGACCAGCUGACAACGGUGAGGCCGCAAACGGCGAUGGAUGGUUACGAGAACGUGUGGAUUGUUAAGUCUACGAUGGCCCUGCAGUGCGGCCGGCCGGUGAUGCUGAAGAAGAUCAGCGAUGUCCUUGACUGUUGCGCGCGCGUAGCUGGUGCCCACCACAUCGUUCAGAAGUAUAUCGAAACGCCACUGCUGUGCGAUAAUGUCAAGUCAGACGUGCACACGUGGAUCGUGCUCUCGACGCUUGACGGUCGGCUGACGGUGUGGCUGCACCGGACGUGCGCUGUGCAACCGUACACGCACGGGUUUUCGCUGCACCCGGGCGCCACCAAGGACGGGCAUUUCCAUCGGGUCAAGUCAGGUGGACUGCAUGGGAUGCUGCGGCCGACGGCACUGACUUGCAGCCUCAAUCAGCUCGUUGAGACCAUACGGCAUGGCAAGAAAACGGGUAAGCAGAAAAAGAAACGGCGGAAUCAGCAGCAGCAACAGCUGGCGGUGAACGACAGCGGUGAAGACGACGACGACGACGAUUUCUACUCGGCGGUCAAGCGGUCCGUGGGGUCCGUAAUGGCCACGGCUGCGACGGCCGGCUCGCUUGACCUGAGACCCAACUGCUUGGAACUGUUCCGUGGCACGUUCGUCCUUGGCGACGAUACGCGGCCGUGGCUGAUCGAUAUCGUGUCGGACGAUCCGUGUCUGGACACUGACUGCAGUAGCAGGAAACGUGACCGGAUGGCGCCAUUGGCAGUCGUAGCGCGUAGUGUGGCACGUGGCGUGGCUAAGAUGUUGGUGGACAGUGGCCGCGGUCGGACCACCCGGAUAGGCAUGUUUGACAUGGUGCACGAGUGUUCGAUGCCGGCCGGUGCUGUUACGUACGCGCCGCGACCAUUCGCCGAGUCGGCGCCCACAUCCACCGCGUACAAGUUGCUGGCCAGCAGGACCGAUCGACCGCGCGGCCAAGUGUCCACACACGCUUCCCGCAGUCACGCCCGUCACCAACACCACUGGUGGGACGACAAUUCCAUCAGUACGUACGUGCAGACGGUCAGUGCUGACGACGUGCAGGAUAAACCGCUGACGCCCUCUCCGGUAUCCGGUAUGAAGGAGGCAGCGGUGUCAGCAGACGAUGCGGAGCUGUGCUCAGCAGACGAUGUGGAGUUUAGGUCGUCCGAAAAUCACAACCUUUGUGGCCCACGCAAACCAUGUCGGUGCUCAAAGCUGUUCAAAAAGUGCAAGACGAAAAUCUCGUCCGUGCAAAGGAUUUGUAAGUCCAUCAUACGCCGAAACCGCAACAACAACACUCAGACCGCGUGACGAAACUCAACUUUUGCAGCGGCGAUCAUUAAAUGAGUUUUGUGCGGGUUGUAAAUGUCAUGAUUUUCGGAUCGUCUGCAUCGUUUGCUGUCACACUUGCUGCAGAUAAGUCGCCGGUUAAACUGAAGUCUCAGUUCAUCACGUCAUCCACGCUGAUCGUCUCUGAUUUUAAAGAAUUUAACUAUCAAAAGCAAAACUGAUUAGUAUCAAGAACCAAGAGCACGAUCAAUUAAAAUUAACACGCACAUUAUAGAAAUGUUAAAUGCAAUUUAUUAACAAAGCGUGCAAUAGAACUUUGAAGUCUUUAAAGUUUAACCCAAUAUGAAUGUAUUGAUAAAUUUCUUUACAGUUUACCUACUUCAGUAUUAACUCGUAGGUCGGACAUCAGUUAGUGAUAAACAUUAUUCGCGCUUUGUUGUUUCGACAAAUAAUAAUGUAUUACAGUCAUGUAUAUAUUAUAAUUUACUCAAGAAAUUGAUGUGACGUAUAGGUAUUGUAUGUAAUAUAAAAAUCAGUGAUUAAUUUCUUCAUAGGCCUAUUAUUCUGUUGAAAUAAAUAAAAAUAUAAGCACUCAUAAA